UUAAAUUAAAGCCACACUCAACCAGUUCCGCUCAGUCGUUCGUUGGCGUUCUGUCUGGAAGUGUUGAACUCAGUGUUGAAUCUUUUACUGCUCAAAAUGCGCAUUGGAGCUACUAUUCCCAAUUUCAAGGCCGAUACGACCAAGGGUCCGAUCGACUUCUACGAGUGGCUCGGUGAUUCGUGGUGUGUCCUGUUUUCGCAUCCGGCGGACUUCACUCCGGUCUGUACGACCGAGCUGGGACGGAUCGCCGUCCACCGGGAGCACUUUGAGAAGCGAAAUGUGAAAAUUCUGGCUCAUUCCGUUGAUGAUCUCAAGUGCCAUGUCGACUGGGUCAAUGAUAUUAAAUCGUAUUGUCCGGAUAUCAUUGGGAACUUUCCCUAUCCGAUCGUUGCGGAUCCGACGCGUGACCUAGCGGUGAAGUUUGGAAUGUUGGACGACAAGGACAAGGACGACCCGGAGUUGGCACAAACCGUGCGGGCGUUGUUUAUUAUUAGCCCCGAUCAUCGCGUUCGUUUGACGAUGCACUAUCCCACAUCCACUGGCAGGAACGUUGACGAGAUUCUGCGAGUCAUCGAUUCACUGCAGUUGACCGAUCGUCUGAAAGUGAUUGCCACGCCUGCCAAUUGGACGCCUGGCACCAAGGUGAUGAUCCUCCCGAGCGUCUCCGAGGCGGAAGCUGAUAAGCUGUUUCCCACCAUCGAACGCAUUUCGAUGCCUUCUGGUAAUGUGUACGUGCGCACUACCACCGACUACGAGUAGAUAUGAGAUAGCGAGCUUGGCGGCAAACCAGUUGGCAGAUCACGUGUCGGCGAAUCCAGGAAAGGAGUUGAUUAUUGAUUGUAUUUUAUUCGUAUUUAUUCCGCUCACAGUUUCGAUAAGCAGUGAAUUAUAAUUAAUUAAAAUAUUUUAUUUCGAGUACUAUAUAUAUUCUACAUUGCUCCGACAAAUUCCAAGCAAGGAAUCGGAUUCCAGCAAAAACCGACUUUGGUUACAAUGGUUGUCUCACGGCACGAUUUCAUGCGGUUUCAUGUAGGUAGGAAGGUAGCUUGCCAAGGCUACUAGGAAGCACAGAUCUACCGAGGAAGGGUGAACUGGUUUGCCGGUUGAUUGCUCAUGUGAAGCGUUUAUGAUGAAGCCGGUUAAUAAGUCAAUGUCAGUUUUAUUUUGGUCUCUUGAAUCUAUAAUGUAUGGGUUGAUAUGUUGAUAAACUACGCGCUAUACCGAGUGAAAUGGGUGUUCUCUGCUCUACGAUGGUAUUGUUCCACUGAGCAGUUGGUAUCUUUGACAUACAUCACUACAAAUCAAGAAAUAAGUGCGCUAAAUGAUUCUAAUAUGUUGGUCAUUUGGAAUAAAUGCCAUUUUGCGUAAUGGACAUUUGGCAGAAAUGUGGAAAAACUUUACUUAUACCUAUACACAGAUAUUUUACCAUCUGGGCUGUACUUCAACGGAAUAUAAAGAACACAGCUCAUAAUAAAACGAA